GCAGAAACUGACAAGAGCAGAAGUCAUCAGUGUCAGAAGUGUGGGAAAUCUUUCAGUCGGAUCUGCAGUCUCAGAAGACAUGAACUCACCCACCCUGCAGAGGAACCGUACCAGUGUGAACACUGUGGCAGCACUUUCAGCCAACUAAAGACCUUCAAGCUACACCUGCACAUCCACGCUGAGGAAACAUCCUCCAGCUGCGACCAGUGUGGGAGGCACUUCAGCAACCAGAGUUCCUACAGGAAACACCUGCGGGACCACACCGGACCAUACCAGUGUGACCAAUGCCAAAAGACUUUCAGUUACUUUAGUAUUUACAAGAUACAUAUGCGUGUACACACUAAAGAAAAGCCUUACUGCUGUGACCAGUGUCCAAAGAGUUUUAGUUUUUUAAGUUCAUACAAGCGGCACAAGCUCAGCCACAGUGGAGAGAAGCCGUAUCAGUGUGACUUUUGUGUAAAAAGUUUCACUCAGUCAGGGCAUUUGAAUCUGCAUUUGCGUAACCAUACUGGCGAGAAACCAUAUGACUGUGAUCAAUGUGAAAAGACUUUCAGUGACUUAAGUAGUUACAAGAUACACCUGCGUGUCCACUCAGGAGAGAAACCUUACUGCUGUAACCAAUGUGGGAGGAGUUUCUCUCAGUUAGGUAAUUACAAAUCACAUCAGCGUAUCCACACCGGAGAAAAGCCUUUCCGCUGUGAACUUUGUGAGAAAAGCUUCUCUAUCUCAAAGACUUACAAACAACAUGUGCAUACCCACACUGGAGAGAAACCGUUUCAGUGUAAAGAAUGUGGGAAAGGUUUUGGUCGACUAAGUAACUACAUGCGUCACCUUCGUAUUCACUCCGGAGAACAGCCAUACAGCUGCGACCAAUGUGGGAAAUGUUUUAACAUUUCAUAUAGUUACAGCCGGCACCUGCGUGUGCACACCGGAGAGAAACCGUACUGGUGUUCACAGUGUAAGAGGCUGUUUACACGCUCUGAGUCCUUAAAGAAACAUCGCUGUGUCGCAGUAGAGGACGAGAGUUCCACUGUGUGUAAACAAGAAGCACAACCGAGCUGCUCACCAGCAGAUCCAACAAACAACAACCACCAGCAGCCUGUACAGUAAACGACAGCGUGCAUGUUCAUGGUACUGAAGGAGAUCGUCACCCAGUUCAGCAGGCUUACUUGUUUGUAAGCCUGCUGAACUGGCUAUUGUUUCUCGUCAAAAGUGGAGCUCUAACUAAGGAAUAAGAUAGAGUAUAUAAAGCUUUGGACCCCGCUCAAAAAGUAAAGUACAUGAUCCGUUGGUUCUGGUCUUCAUGAUACUGUAUCUGUUGACAUCAAAGAUGCAAUAUUCAGCAUUUUCCUAAAAAAUCAUGGUAUGGACUGUUUUUCUUUUCCAUCUGCCUAAGUCUUGAGCUUCCCCUUAUCACUAGCUACAAUCCUAAUUUAUCAGUGAUCAAUUUUCUUUGCAACGACUUAUAACAACAACAGGGUAUCUGCACAUUUUAACAUAUUCUACUAUUAGGACCCUUUUUAAUAAGAAAAGGUCAAAAUAUCUUUGCUGCAUCAACUGGACAACACGAGUAGGGAUGCGUCGAUUUUGGAAUUCAUUGUUUUUAUUGAUACCCAUUCUGUGCGAGUGAAGAGACGACAUCGUCAUGAAAAACAGAACCUUAAAAUCUAGAUUUGGGUUGUAGACCCUAAUGCUAAAAUGAGCAUCUCUGUGGCAGGCAGCCACAUCUCAUCCCAGAUGUGAGGCACUUUUGAAGGAAACAUGUCUUACUAACUGCAUGGCUCUGAUCUUUCUCUGAGACAGUUUCAAACUGCCAUGGGGCGGAUGUUUUUCAUUUUCAUUUAUCAACAAACUAUUUGCUUUUACGUCAUUCCAAAGUCUUGUCCACUUCUUCUCCGGAUCAGAAUCUUGGUAUGCCUGUUGAGUCCAACUGCAAAAGAAAUGUUUCCGGUGUACAAUUGUACGAGACUCUGAGCCACGGUCUGCCCACUGCAUGUGUGAUUUGAUAAACCUUAUGCUCAGUUUAUGUGUAGAUGUAGAAAAUAUUAAUGAAAAAAUGAUCAGAGUUGCAGCUGGACUGGUGUACAUCAUAACACUGUUGGGUCCUUUCACAUUUGUAAGUAGUGAAUUACCUGAAAUGUA